CCGUGCACACCUGAGGAAUGGAAAACACAACCAGAGGUCUGACCAACCAGUUCGUGCAGCCUCCGUGGCGCGUCGCGCUGUGGUCGGUGGCUUACAGCACAGUGCUGGCCGUGGCGGUCUUCGGGAACCUGAUAGUGAUUUGGAUUAUUCUGGCGCACAAGCGGAUGAGGACUGUCACCAACUAUUUCCUGCUGAACUUGGCUUUCUCUGACGUUUCCAUGGCCGCUUUCAACACGCUCAUCAACUUCAUCUACGCGGCUCACGGAGAGUGGUACUUCGGGCAGGUGUACUGCAGGUUCCACAACUUCUUUCCCGUCACCGCCGUGUUUGCCAGCAUCUACUCCAUGACCGCGAUCGCCAUCGACAGGUACAUGGCGAUCAUCCACCCUAUGAAGCCUCGUCUGCCUGCUAAAGCCACUCUGGGGGUCAUUGUCUGUAUCUGGAGCUUGGCUGUGGUUCUGGCCUUCCCGCUCUGCUACUUCUCCACCAUCCGAACUCUGCCCCAAAGGACCGUCUGCUACGUGGCCUGGCCCCGCAUGGCUGAAGACUCCUUCAUGUAUCAUAUCAUAGUUACAGUUCUGGUCUACAUACUGCCCUUAGUGGUGAUGGGCAUCACCUAUACCAUUGUGGGGGUGACACUAUGGGGAGGUGAGAUCCCUGGAGAUUCAUCUGAUAACUACCAAGGACAGCUACAGGCCAAAAGGAAGGUGGUGAAGAUGAUGAUUAUUGUAGUGGUUACCUUCGCCCUCUGCUGGCUGCCGUAUCAUGUCUACUUCAUCGCGACGGGUCUCAACAAGCGUCUGAGCAAGUGGAAGUACAUCCAGCAGGUUUACCUGUCCGUGCUGUGGCUUGCAAUGAGCUCCACCAUGUACAAUCCCAUCAUCUACUGCUGCCUCAAUAGCAGGUUUCGAGCUGGUUUCAAGCAGGUUUUCCGCUGGUGCCCUUUUGUCCGGGUGUCGAGCUACGAUGAGCUGGAGCUCCAAAGCACAAGACUUCGACCGUGUCACCAGAGCAGCGUGUGCACCAGCAUCCUGAGCAAAGACAAGAGCACUCGUGGAAACAGGUUGAAACCCAACUCUGAGCUGAAUAAUAAAGACAGUUAGGGUGUUUCUGAUCCAAUGAGCGCACUCCAGCUCAACCUGAAUUUUUUAGUUGUGGAUUUUUUUAUUUCUUUUACAUUAUUUUGAGCUGAUUGCUUCCUUUUUUUUCCCUGUGAUUUUUUUUUUUUUUUUUUUUUUUUGACAAACUCAAAGUCUGUUAGUUGCCCCUCGUACAAGAAAAGAGACCAGGGGGGAAGAGAGCUUUUCAGUCUGUGGCACCAAGGGUCUCUGAAACUGUUUACCACUCUGGCUUUGUUUAGCAGACUCUGUGAGGUCUUUUUAAAAGAAAAAAAA